AGCAAAAAUACAUUCAUCAUUCCAAGUCCCUCGCCGCCAAAACCUCCUCUCUAGUAGGCGGCUCAGUCUUUUUCAUUGGGUUCCUGACCCACUCGAAAUUGGCAAAAGGGCCUCUUGUAAAGGAGGGUUCCAUUGAGGCGAUGACCUUGCCUCUUAUGAGGCCUAGGGGGACGGGGCCGAAGAUGCGGGAGUCGUUUGAGGCUGGGAGGUUGUCGCCUACUAGAUAGACGUGGCCUUCUGGGACCUGUUGUUUGUGUUGGUAAGUUAUACUCGACUAGAGUGAUGUCGAUAUUGUGAUUGAGAGGGCAAGUUUGUGGUAUGUGUGACGGGGAAAAAUAAAAAAUAAAAAGGGGGGGUUGAAGGGAUUGGGGCUUACUUGUAACAUGAGAGCGUCGUCUGCUGCUGGGCCGGGGGUGCCGAUGAGGACGUAGUCGCCUGGGAGGCCGAUGACGCGCUUUACGCCGAUGGCGGAUGGGCGGUCGGGGAGGGUGAAGGUUACUAUGUCGCCUAUGGAGAGGUUCCGGCCGAGGCGGGAGAGGCGGGAGGUGAGGUGCCAGGUUCCUGUGAUCGGGUAGGUGGCUAGCAUUGAGGGGCCUUGGGCUGGGGCGAGGGAGAGGAGGUUGUUCCAGAUUAGGUGGGCGAGGGCAAGGAGUUUGAGGUAGGAGAGGAGGAGGCGGAGGGGGUGGAGGGGGGGGAAGGGGGGGGUUGGUUCGUUUUGGGAUUGUUGGUUUUGGUCAUGGUGAUUGUUCUGCUGGCGGUGUUGAUGUUGGGGUUGGGUAUUUUCGGGACUUGUAGUGGUGGUGCUGUAAGACUUUUGGGGUGGUGAGAGGUUAGUCUGUGCUGGUGAGGUGGGUGAGGGUCUGAAUGGGUGUGGUUGUGUGAGUGAGAGCCGGGUGAGUGGUCUGUGAGGUGAGAGGUUGUGUGGCCGGGUAAUGGCUCGUAACCGGUAGAGACUCGACAUUAGUUGUUGAUCGUUUGAAACUCCUUCAAUCGCUGAACUUUGACUGACAACAAGUGCGAUAUCGUCCUCUUCUCACACCGGGGUUAAGGACCAUAAGUGAUGCCGUCUAAUUGGAAGUUGAGCAUUCAUGAACGAAGAGGUCAUGCCAAGCCCCCCCAUGUUGCUAGCCGUGGUAGCUGCAGCCGACAAAAUGAAGGGCUCACCGUGUGCUUUCAGCUCGGCCGCAGCCAUUCGAAGCGUAUUCCUCAACAAUGCGGCCCCCAUCGCCGGUCCCGCGCACCUUCAGCGACUUUUGUUGCCCUCAUUAGCAACACCAUCGCGGCAACGUUCCUUUUUCGGGCGAGCAAGCCCAGAAACCGAGAGAUUCCCAGUUGGAACAUUUCGAAGGUCUCCCACCUUGGACAGAAGAGAGCCAAAAGCCACCGAUGGCAGGAUUCUAAACUACAACAUCAGAGGCAAUAUGGUCGUCAUCCGCACCAAAGAUGGCACCCUCAGCGAACCCCAAGACAAGAUCGAAGUCUUGCGGAAUCUAGACUUGAACAAGAGCGCGCUCGAACAGAUUGCAGAGCCGCAUUCUGGCCGCCCGUUCCCUAUUUGCAGGAUUAUUCUUCAAGGGGACGAGCAAAAGAAGGCUUAUACACAGAUGAAGGCGGAGAAGAAGAAGCUGCAGAAUGGGGUCAAGAUUGUCACAAAGGAGGUUGAGAUGAACUGGGCGAUGGCGCCGCAUGACUUGGCCACGAAGAUUAGGAGGCUGAAGGGGUUCUUGGAGAAGGGGUAUAGGGUUGAGGUUACGAUGAUGCAUCCCAAGAAGAAGAGCAAGAGGAAGGCGAAUGAUGAGGAGGCGAAGCAGGUUUUUGGUGAGGUGAUUAAAGUGCUGGAGGAGGUGCCUGGGACGACAGAAUACAAGUCGAGACAGGGGCAGGUUGGAAAGACGCAGUUGUUGUUUUUGCAGGGGAAGAUUCCCAAGGCUCAACCUGCCGCUGCUGGGAUGGAGAGCUCGCCAGAGACGGCUGAUGAGAGUGCUGGGGAAGAAAAGGAGGCUGAAAGUCAGGAAAGGUCGGAUACUGCUGGAAGCUAA